AGAAGAAUAAAAAUCUAUUUAUUUAAUUAUGCUUUUAUGAUUCCAUACUCUAUUAUCUCUCUCCCUCCAUCUCCGCCGAUUCCAUCUCUGAACUUUCCACUCUCUCUGUAAAAAGGAAGCGCCUCUCCUUCUCCUCCCUCAAUGCCACCAUAAAACCCUAGAAAAAAGCUCCAUCCUUUACCUUCGCAAUGACGAAAUCUCAUCUGGGUAUCAUCCUCUGUUUCCUCCUUUCCUUACUAACCUUCGCAUCUUCUCAAACCAGCGUCGACGGCCCCACUAUGCAAGCCCUCAAAUUGAGCCUAAACCUCACUAAAGGCGUCGACUGGUCCAACCCCAACCCUUGCAAAUGGCCAACCGUUCAGUGCGACGCAAGCAACAGAGUCACUCGAAUCCAACUCAACAACAAAGGAAUCCGCGGAACCCUCCCUCCCAAUCUCCAAACCCUAACCGAGCUAACCGUCCUCGAGCUCUUCCAGAACCAAAUCUCCGGUCCGAUCCCCGAUCUCUCCGGUUUAACCCGGUUACAAACCCUGAACCUCCACAACAACCUCUUCGACUCUGUCCCCAAGAACCUCUUCUCAGGCCUAACCUCUCUCCAAGCAGCUUACCUCGAGUACAACCCUUUCUCUCCUUGGGAGAUACCCGAAACCCUAAAAGAAGCGACCUCUCUUCAGAACCUCUCUUUGACGAGCUGUAACGUCACCGGGAAGAUACCUGAUUUCUUCAGCUCUCAGUCGCUUCCUAGCUUGACGAGACUCCAGCUUUCUCAGAACUUGUUGCAAGGAGAGCUGCCUCCUAGCUUUGGAGCUUCUUCGUUGCAGAGUUUGUACCUCAACGGGCAGAAACUAAACGGUUCCGUGUCUUUAUUACAGAACAUGACUUCGUUAGUUGAGGUUGAUCUGCAAGGUAACGCUUUCUCAGGUCCGAUCCCUGACCUCUCUGGUUUACAGUCUCUAAGUGUGUUCAAUGUAAGAGAGAAUCAGCUCACUGGUGUUGUUCCACCGUCCUUGACUGGUCUCAAAUCGCUUACUACUGUGAACCUAACCAACAACUACUUUCAAGGACCUACUCCACAGUUUGGAAAAUCAGUUGGUGUUGAUGUAAUAACCAAUACAAACAGGUUUUGUCUGGAGACUCCCGGUACUCCUUGUGACCCUCGUGUCAGCACAUUGCUCUCUGUUGCCGAGUCGUUAGGUUAUCCAGUGAAGCUAGCCACGAGCUGGAAAGGGAAUGAUCCGUGUAAUAGCUGGCUUGGGAUAACUUGUUCUGGAAGUAACGUUACGGUGGUGAAUCUUGGGAGACAAGGGCUUACCGGUGCUAUAUCUCCUAGCUUUGCUAAGAUUACUUCGUUGGAAACUAUUAAUCUCUCUGAUAAUGACCUCACCGGGAGUAUACCUAAUGAGCUUACCACAUUGCCUAAGCUUAAGACGCUUGAUGUGUCUGACAACAAUAUCUACGGAGAUGUGCCGAAGUUUGGGAUUGGUGUUAAUGUGGUGACUACUGGUAACCCUAACAUCGGAAAGGACGGACCUUCACCACCGGGUGUGUCUCCUGAUGGGGAUGGAGGAAGUUCUAAGAUGUCAAGUAAGGUCAAGAUCAUUGUUCCUGUGGUUGGUGGUGUUGUUGCUGUGUUGUGUUUAGUAGGGCUCGGUGUGUGUCUUUACGCGAAGAAAAGAGCGCGACCGGCUAAAGUUCAGAGUCCGAACAGCCACAUGGUGAUACAUCCGGAUCACUCUGGUGAUGGAGACGCUAUUAAACUCAGUGUUGCAGCUUCUAGUGUUGGAGGAGGAGGAGGGACAGAGAGCUCUUCCAGUGACAUUCAUGUGGUUGAGUCUGGUAACUUAGUUAUAUCCAUUCAGGUUCUGAGGAAUGUGACAAACAACUUCAGUGAAGAGAACAUUCUCGGGAGAGGCGGGUUUGGGACAGUUUACAAAGGUGAGCUUCACGAUGGAACUAUGAUAGCCGUGAAGAGGAUGGAGCCUUCUGCUGUGAGUGACAAGGGACUUGAAGAGUUUAAGUCAGAGAUCACUGUCUUGACCAAAAUGCGUCACCGUCAUCUUGUUGCUCUUCUUGGAUACUGUCUUGACGGUAACGAAAAGCUUCUUGUCUAUGAGUACAUGCCGCAGGGGACCCUGAGCCAGCAUUUGUUCCACUGGAAGGAAGAAGAGAGAAAACCGCUUGAUUGGACUAGAAGAUUGGCUGUUGCGUUGGAUGUAGCUAGAGGUGUGGAGUAUCUACACACGCUUGCUCAUCAGAGUUUCAUCCAUAGGGAUCUAAAGCCAUCGAAUAUCCUUCUUGGUGAUGAUAUGAGAGCUAAAGUCUCUGACUUUGGGUUGGUUCGGUUAGCCCCUGAAGGCAAAUACUCCAUUGAGACUAGAGUCGCUGGGACCUUUGGUUACCUUGCUCCAGAAUAUGCAGUGACGGGAAGAGUGACGACCAAGGUAGACAUAUUCAGCCUAGGAGUCAUACUUAUGGAGCUUAUUACUGGUCGUAAAGCUCUUGACGUGACGCAGCCUGAAGACAGCGUGCAUCUAGUGACGUGGUUCCGUCGUGUAGCUGCCAGCAAAGACAAAGACAAAGACGCCUUCAAGAACGCAAUAGACCCAAACAUCGAACUCGACGAAGAGACUUUAGCCAGUGUCCAAAAAGUCUGGGACCUUGCUGGUCAUUGCUGUGCUCGUGAGCCUUACCAAAGACCAGACAUGGGUCACAUUGUCAACGUCCUUUCUUCACUCACCGUCCAGUGGAUACCCUCUGAGGCAGAUCCUGAUGACCUCUACGGGAUAGACUAUGAUAUGCCUCUUCCUCAAGCUGUUAAGAAGUGGCAAGCUAAUGAGGGACUUAGCCAAACCAUGGAUGACUCUGGAUAUUCGUCUUCAGCUUAUGGAAGUAGAGAUAAUACACAGACGAGUAUCCCUAUUCGGCCAUCUGGUUUUGCUGCCUCUUUCACUUCUGUGGAUGGACGUUGAUGAAAUAAAUAAUGACUGCAUUUUCUUAUGGUUUCGUUAAAACGUUUUAGUAGUAGUAGAAGAUUGUUUUUGUUCUUCCUUUUUUUCUUUCUCACAAGCCUUUACUUAUGACUUGUUAUCUAUCUUUUUCAUGCAAGCUUUUGGUUUAAGGUCUUAUCAUCUUUUGUAGUGUU